AUGAACUUACAAUCAUUGAUUGUCGUAUUCAAUCUCCUUUUUCUUUAAACAAGAGCAGCCAAAUUAUCAGUUUCUUAAUCAACCCCAUAGAUUACCUAAUAUAAUCAAACCAUUUCAUAAUUUAAUUCGACAUUCAAAUAUAAUACCACCCUUUUAAUAGAAGGACAAGAAUUUUAAUUUCUGAUUGUAGAGUUUCAGUAAACUUCAAAUGAAAAUUCAAAAAUUGCUCUAUUAUUCAAUGAACACUCCCCAACCUUCUAGAUCAAUUAAACUAUUAAAUUUAAAGAUAUGGAUUAUGACAGUUACGCCUUAAAAAAAUAUAAUCAUUAGUUGUAGAUUCAAAACUCACCUAAUCCUAAAUUUAUUACUAUUCUCAGUAAUAUUUCAAUCUUCUUCGAUUUAACAUUAACAGGUACUAAUGUUUAAAUAUGUUUAAAUAAUUGCAGUAACAAUGGAAAAUGUAUAAAAGGGGAAUGUCAUUGUAGUUCUAAUUUCAUUGGGAAAGAUUGUUCAUUAGCUGCCAACAGAGUUAAAGAUCUAGACUUGGAGAAAUCAAACAUUAUCAAAUUAUGA